GUGUGAAGACAUGUUAUAAAUCAUUUACUGUUCCCAGUAAUAUAAGUCGAUUGUAGCGUUUUGGUAGUAAUGUCAAAACAAAUAGUGUAAUUAGUACAAUUAAAAAAUUUUGUAUUUUAAAAAAAAUAUUUUACAUCAUGUCACAUAGCGAACAUAAUGACAUUAAAAUAAUGGCAAAAGCUAUUGUUUGUGAGGACUGCACCUUGAUUGGUGACAUCACUAUUUCACCUGGAUGUGUAAUACACCCCAGUGCCACCAUAAUUGCAGAAGCCGGGCCAAUAGUAUUAGGUGAAAAUUGUAUAGUGGAAGAGUACUCGACAAUAGCAUUCCGUCUGCCGACUGGCCAAAAUAUUGACCCUGCAGCUGAAGUGAGAACUUUAAACAUUGGAGCAAAUAAUGUUUUUGAAGUAGGUAGCAGAGUAGAGGCAUGUCACAUCGGUGAAAAGAAUGUCUUUGAGAGCAAGUGCUACGUUGGCCCUUGCGUCUUUGUUUCGAGCGGUUGCAUUAUAGGUGCUGGUGUUAGAUUAGUUUCAGAGCAGAAACUUCCUGAAAAUACUGUGAUUUACGGCAGAAACUGCUUGCAAAGAGAGGCCAUCGAUAAGCAUGGGUCACAAACACUGCAGAUUGAUUUUCUAAGAAAAGUAUUACCCAACUAUCAUCAUCUGCGGAAACCAAAUUUUGAUCCUAAAAAAAUGCGCAUAGCUGCUUAAUAUAUAUAUCUAAUUUAUUAUAAUAAACAAGCUUAUACACAUAAUUAAAAUAAAAUAUAUUAUAUUACUGCA